GUCGCGUCUGUGGCUGCUGCGGGCUAUAGAUGGGAGAUGAGUUCGAUCAUUCUCCGUGAAAAUCUCGUGAACAUGCAGGAGAACAGAAAUCCUGGCGCUUUGACCUACCGGACGGCCACGUUAACGCGAGUGUAAAUUUAUCCAGUGUGCUUGCAUGGAAGGGUUACCGGGAGGAAGGUGGAGGACCGGAUCGCGAGCGGCAGUCGCUGACAAUGACAAAAGGAGGGGAAAAAAUACUGAAAAAAGACAUGCGCGAGCCAACAGUGGCAGCGAUGGUCGAUUGAUGGAGGAUGGCGUGGGGGGCGGGCGGGCGGGCGGGCGGGCAGAGACGGGCCGGAGAGAUUCGUGGCAGCCCAAGUCGAGCGGUGAUGGAAAUGGCCGAGAUGGGAUAAAUCGAGCCAGCUGAACAGUUGCAUGGUCAUGGCCUCGACCUUUCCCUUUGACAUUACCGAUGGCUCAGGUGUGGGCUAGAGUUGAGGAAGUUGAAGCUACACGCGCUGACUUUUUUCUGGCUGUGAAUCUACAAAUCCCCUCUGCCUAGUUUCUUAAUUUCACUCUCUCGAGCUGCAGACCCACCUGCCUCAGCUUGCUUCACGCUGUUGACCCCUUUACCUUUAGCUGCUUGCGAGCAGCUUUCAACUCCUUCAUUCUCAUUCUCUAAGUUCCCCAGCCUCCAGCCCCCAGCACCGUCUGCCACCUCGUCUCCUCGCUGCCUCGCACUUGCGAGCCAAAAUGACGAAGCUCGUUCACUCUCUCGCUUUGGUCUGCCUAAUCUGCAUCACCAUCAUCUCUUCGGUGCCCGUGUGCCUGUCGGUCCGCCCGUUCCCAGCAGAUUCGGAAGUUGUGGCGUCUGCAGUCGUUGAUACGACCAAUGAUGAAGUGAGUCACCCCACGGAGGCGGCUUCUUCAGUCGACACCACUGUGACUGAAACCCGAGAUGAAGACAUGAAUGUCAGCCCGUGUUAUGCAACCGUGGCCGAAUCACAAAUCGAAGGACGAUCUGAAGCACCUGACGCCGAUGAUGAUCUGACUUUGGUCGAAGUGGACUGCCGAAGGAUGCUAGCGGACUAUGAUCCACCGAAAUCCAACACCAACCCAAAGAAGAGGGGUCUGCUUGAGGUUUCGACGGAAUUAGGUGUUUCCGAAGCAACCACGGAGCCAUCGACCUAUAGCACUGCAUUGUGAGUGAUGUUUUCCAAUCAUCUACCGUAGUCAGUCAUUCGAGGUCACUAUAUAUAUCUGAAUCGAUCUUGCACACUGUGAGUGCCUUGCUCAGGCCUCCGUUGCAUGUAGAGUAGAAAUUUAAGUUCAACUUGCACAUUCUUUGUGUAAAUACGUCAGCAGUCGACCAGUAGUAUUGUGGUUACAGAAAGCUUGCGCUCAAUUAUUGCAGCUCUAGUCUACACACUGAAUCAUGAGGGAUCACAGAAAGAAAGACCGCGCACACAUUUACGGUUAGUGUGGCAUUAGGAAGUUCGUAGAGAGAAGCGAAGAGGCUUCAUUGAAUCUUCUGAGAACACAAUAUUGGUGUUCCAAAGCUUGAUUUUAAUGUAUCAGGUACCUUUUUUCAAUUUAGGCUCCGAGGAGGAUGGUGAAUCGUCUCAACUCCUAAGUGUACCGUGGCCGCCAUCUUCUGUGUCUUUGGAGGAUUAUGUAUGUAGGGCGUCUGUACCUCAUCAACUGUUGACACUGUGUUUUGUGUUCCAACGGAGUAAGUAGAGUGGAGGGAGUUACAUUUCUGAGUCUGCCAUAAAUAUGAUUUUAGAAGUGGACCGAUUUGUAGUCUAGUACUCUUGGACAGUGUACCAGCUAUUAAACUAUGACCGUGUUAGAGCCUCGAUGAGAGUCUUGUGCUCUUGUAGAUGCACUAAGCAGUCUGCUUAGUAGUCAGUACUUGCUUCGUAUGUCCAUCUCUCUGACUGUGAGCAAGAGCAUUUUAAUUUGGAAUGCGUGCUGCCGCAGCAUCACAAUUUCUGUGUUAGUGACAUGCACCAUUUGAUCCUCACAGCCUCACCAUACUAUUUUCGUUAUG